AUGGCUGGCCUUUACUCCCUAGCACAGGCAACAUCAGAUCACACAACCCCAGUCACGUGUCGGCCAUCAUCGGUCUUUCAUGUUCAGACCGCCAGGGAUUACGUACAUGAUAUCAUCGAAAGGUCAAGGCCGGUCAUAUUGAGUGCUUAUCAGAAGGUGGAGUAUAAUCCUGAGCAGGACGAUAUAACCGCCGAGCUGACCUUGAAGCACAUGAACGCCGUGGCAUCGAUAUGUAGGUUGCUUGACGGGCCUGAGGAAGGCACGGCCGUGGAGCUAGAAAAGCGAGCAAUGAGUAUUGAAGCUAGCUGUUUCGGCGCUCUUGUACUCGGAAUAUUGCAGACAGCCGACGACUCGGAGAGUUCCAUUCUGUGCUCGCUGGGUGCUGCGUAUUUCCCCCACAAUGCUGCCAUGCGCCGUGCUCAACCACACAGGGCCGUCGAGCGGAUACCAUGGCGCGAAACAGAAAAUGGCAAGAACUAUUAUCGCAGAGAGACGGACGGACAUCUUGAGACAGAGAAUGAUGAGGAGCCUCACCGAGAGGCCAAUAGACUCACAGACAAUGGAGGCGGAAUCUCAGAUGAGGCGGACAGGCAUGCAAAUGAGAUCAACGGACUCUCAGACGAUGGACACGAGCAGCCAGAUGAAGCUAACAGACAUGUAAAUGUGGCCAACAGACUCCCAGAUGAUGGAGACGAACAUCCAGAUGAAGCUAACAGACAUGUAAAUGUGGCCAACAGACUCCCAGAUGAUGGAGACGAACAGCCAGAUGAAGCUAACAGACAUGUAAAUGUGGCCAACAGACUCCCAGAUGAUGGAGACGAACAGCCAGAUGAAGCUAACAGACAGCUAAAUGAGACCAACGGACUCUCAGAGGAUGGAGACGAACAACCAGAUGAAGCUAACAGACAUGUAAACGAGGCUAACGGACUCCCAGAUGAUGGAGACGAACAGCCAGAUGAAGCUAACAGACAUGUAAACGAGGCUAACGGACUCCCAGAUGAUGGAGACGAACAGCCAGAUGAAGCUAACAGACAUGUAAACGAGGCUAACGGAUUCCCAGAUGAUGGAGACAAACAGCCAGAUGAAGCUAACAGGCAUGUAAACGAGGCUAACGGAUUCCCAGAUGAUGGAGAUGAACAGCCAGAUGAAGCUAACAGACAGCUAAAUGAGACCAACGGACUCUCAGAGGAUGGAGACGAACAACCAGAUGAAGCUAACAGACAUGUAAACGAGGCUAACGGAUUCCCAGAUGAUGGAGAGGAACAGCCAGAUGAAUUUAACAGACAUGUAAGCGAGGACAACGGAUUCCCAGAUGAUGGAGACGAACAGCAAAAUGAAGCUAACAGACAGCUAAAUGAAACCAACAGACUCCCAGAUGAUGGAGACGAACAGCCAGAUGAAGCUAACAGACAUGUAAAUGGGGCCAACAGACUCUCAGAUGAUGGAGACGAACAGCCAGAUGAAGCUAACAGAUAUGUAAACGAAGCCAACAGACUUCCAGAUGAUGGAGACGAACAGCCAGAUGAAGCUAACAGACAGGUAAAUGAGGCCAACAGACUCCGAGACGAUGGAGACGAACAGCCAGAUGAAGCUAACAGAUAUGUAAACGAGGCUAACGGACUCCCAGAUGAUGGAGACGAACAGCCAGAUGAAGCUAACAGACAUGUAAACGAGGCCAACAGACUCCCAGAUGAUGGAGACGAACAACCAGAUGAAGCUAACAGACAUGUAAACGAGGCCAACAGACUCCCAGAGGAUGGAGACGAACAUCCAGAUGAAGCUAACAGACAUGUAAACGAGGCCAACGGACUCCCAGAGGAUGGAGACGAACAUCCAGAUGAAGCUAACAGACAUGUACACGAGACCAACAGACCCCCAGAUGAUGGAGACGAACAUUCAGAUGAGGCGAGUAGACUUCGAGAUGAGGUAGAUGAACAAUCUGAUAAUGUGACCAGACAUCCAGACGAGGUUAAUGGAGACCCAGAUGAGAGAGACGCACACCCAGAUGAUGAACAUCCAGAUGAGGCAAAUGGAUAUGUAGAUGAGGCAAAUCUACACCGAGAUGAGGUAGGUGGACACCCAGAUGAAAGGGACAUACUCUCAGAUCAGACGGAUGGACAUCCAAAUAAAGCGAACGGAUAUCCAGUAGAGGAAAAUGGACACACAGCUCAGGCAAAUGAUCACCAAGAUAAGAUCGAUGGACUUCCAGGUGAGAGGGAGGGACAAGCAGAUGAGACCAAUUGGAACCCACAUGAAACGUACGGAUAUCCAGGCGAGGCGGAUGUAUACACAGAUGAGGCAAACGGUUACCUUGAGACAGAUGCACAUCCAGCUGAAAGAGAUGGCCACCCUCAUGAGACAAGUGGACAAAUGGAUGACGGAAACGAACACCCAGGGGAUGAAAAUGUACACCCAAUAAAGAUAGACGGACCGCAAGCGGAUUCAUAUGGUUACAUAGAUGAGGAAGAUAAACAGUUAGAAAUUGGUGAUGAUCCUCAGACAAACACAGAUGACAAGGAUGGACUCGAGGCAUGUUAUGAAAAGCCCCAGGCAGUCGAGAGUCAUCCGAACAAGGAAAAGCUAUAUUCAGAAGAGAUAGUUGUGCUUUCAAAUGAGGCAAAUCUUCAUCCUAACGAGACAGAUGUACAUGGAAAUGAUGAAAAUAUCCUCACAGAUGAUACAGAUGUGCAUUCAAGUGAGGAAGAUGUGUAUCCAAACGAGGAAGAUAGGCUUCCAAAUGAGACAUAUUUACAUCCAUAUGAGGAAGAUGUGCGUCCAAAGGAGGCAGCGAUGCGUCUAAAUGAUGCAAAUGUGUAUCCAACUGAGACAGCUGGGCAUCUGAAUGAGGCAGAGGUGCAUCCAAACAAGACAGAGGUACAUCUGUGUCAGGCAGAGAGGUGCAGGCAAAGGAGGCAGAUGACCAUCAAGCGGUGA